AUGACAAACCGAGCAAAUUAUGCGCCCAAAAGGUUCAAGGUUCAAGGAAGGAAGUACGGAGUACGUGAGACAUCGUUAUCGCUGUUUCGCUGCGUAGAAAGCGCCGGUGAACAGGUUGCGUCGACUUCCUGUCCGCGGAGGAUAACGGCUGGUGUACGGAGUACGAGUACGGUACGGCGAGUCCGGCGAGUAGGCGAGGCAGAGUGGCAGAGUGGCAGAGUGGCAGAGUACGGCGAGUACGGCGAGUACAGCGAGUGCGGCAAGUACGGCAAGUACGGCUACAGGAUCAGAGGCGGCCACCAGGGCUACAGAUGGGCUUCCAAGCGACUUCACUGCUGUCUGACAAGCACAACCACCAGCACAGCAAUGGCGGACCAUACAGCUUCGAAGCUCAAUCCUGAUACCCAUCUGAUCCUGGACCAGCAGCUAUUGCGUCUUCCCUACGAGCUGCUGAGGAAGAAUUUCAAGGUUGCCCAGCUCUCUGUGGAAAGAGACAGCACUGCCGUCAAACAGAGCCUCAAGGACACUGCAAAUGCCUGCCUCUCUAACUCCUCGACCCCGGACGAGGUCCUCAAGAACCUCGACUCGAUGAUAGCUCGCAUGCGAGGUCUGAAACGGAAAUUGGCAGCCUGUGCGGAGGAAGAGAAGAGGCUGCAGAGCCAUUCCCAGGCCCGGAUAAGGCACCUUGGAGCACUGUAUUCCAUGCAGAGCCUGGAUGAUGUCAAAUAUGAAGUAUGGAGCCGGACACGACUUGACCGCCUGCUUGUGGACUACAUGCUCCGGAAUGGCUAUGUUCAGAGUGCGGCGGCGUUAACGCAGGAAAAACAGAUCGAAGAGCUUGUGGAUACUGGGACGUUUAUACAGAUGGGCAAGAUCAGGGACAGCCUGCGGAAUGGAAGGGUUAAUGAGGUUCUGGCUUGGUGCACGGAGAACAAGAAGGAACUGCGUCGCAUGGGGAGCAAACUUGAGUUCAUGGUUCGCUUUCAGCAGUACAUUGAGCUGGCGAGGACUCGGGAUCAAGGAAAGCUACAAGACGCAAUCGUUCACGCCAAGAAAUAUCUUCUUCCGUCCAAGGAUCUCUAUCCUUCCGAAGUAAAACAGGCCGCUGGGUUGUUGGCAUUUCCACCUGAAGCGGGGUUGGCAAUAUACAGCAAUCUCUAUGCGGCACACCGCUGGGAGGAUCUUGCCAAGCUAUUCAUGGAAACUCACAACAGCCUCCUCUCUAUUCCUGCUGUCCCACUGCUCCACAUCGCGCUUUCAGCAGGCUUGUCAGCACUUAAGACCCCUUCGUGCCACUCAUCGCACCUGUCUUCAUCAGCGUCCCCAUCAUCUUCGUCCUCUAUCACAAGCUCUGUCUGUCCAAUAUGCAGCACAGAGCUGAAUGCGCUUGCCCGAAAUGUUCCAUACGCAAAUCACACUAGCAGUCGUGUCGAUCCUGAUGCUGUAUUACUUCCCAACUCACGGGUAUACGGGAGAGCGAAACUUGAAGACUAUAGUCGGAAAGCUGGGCUUGACAAGGGGUUUGUGAAGGAUUUAACUACGGGGAUGGUGUUCGAAAUAGCAAACGCUAAGAAAGUGUAUAUAUCUUAG